UUUCACAAAAAUCUAGAAAUCCUACGUGUCAAAAAGGAACAAACUAGAAAGCUAUUUUUCCUAUAUCUGUCCAAAACCGAAAAGAUUAGUGUUGGUUCUAGAAAGCGCUGAAAGCUUCUUCAAAUCAUAAUAAUCGAAAUUCAAUGAAUACAGAAAUUUUCAUGUCUCCCCAAACAAAUUGAUAAGUCGUUCUUCAAAGCAUUUGCAUUUCUCUCCCUUCUUUGCCUGCCUGCGUGAGUGUGUGUGAAGGAGGAGGAGGCAAUAGAUGGCAGCAUUCAGGUGGAAGAGUUUCAACGAUGAUGGAGAUCGUCCAGAGAAACCUCGUUGCUAUGGCGUUACAGAAAUGAAGGGUCCUCACUAUUCCCUUUUCUCUCGUGGCCUUCUUGAGGAUGUUUUCGAGUCUAUGGGCCAGUUUGUUGAUGGGCUGAAAUUAUGUGAUGGGUCUCAUACUUUGAUGCCAAAGUCUUACAUCAAAGAAGUGACUGACAUGGCACAUAAACACAAUGUUUAUGUUAGCUCUGGGGAUUGGGCAGACCAAAUGCUUCGCCGAGGUCCUUCUGCUCUUAAAGAAUAUAUUGAGGAAUGUAAGCAAUUGGGGUUUGAUACAAUUGAGCUUGAUGUUGCAUCACUUGGUCUACCUGAGGAGACCCUCUUGAGAUAUGUGAGGCUGAUUAAGAGCGGUGGCCUCAGAGCUAAGCCUCAGUUCUCUGUUAAGUUUAACAAGUCUGAUAUAGCCUUCACCGGCGACAGAGCUUUUGGGGCUCACGUGAUUCCGGCACCUCAAACCUCUGAGAUGGUUGAAGAUGUGGAUCUUUUGGUCAGAAGGGCAGAGAGAUGCUUAGAAGCUGGGGCAGACAUGAUAAUGAUCAAUGCUGAUGAUUUAUGUAGGCAGGCUGAUUUACUAAGAUCAGAUAUUGUUGCGAAGAUCGUGGGUCGUCUUGGACUUGAGAAAACUAUGUUUGAAGCAUCAAAUCCUAAAAUCUCUGAGUGGUUUGUCAAAUGUUAUGGUCCAAAGGUUAAUCUUAUCGUGGAUCACUCACAAGUAAUGGAUCUGGAAUGCCUCAGAGGACGUAACCUGGGUCAAAAUCACUCAUCUGUACUUGGCAGGUCAUAUUUUCUGCUAUGAACUUGUGGUGUCCAUAGAGAAAAUGCGCUCAUUGUAGCAAACAACUUAUCUCUGUAAAAUGCUUUCCUGUUCAUGUUUAAACUUUUAAAAGAAAAAAAAAAGAAAGAGUUUUUCAUCUAUGUACUCAUGUACUGUAAUGAUUUCAGUCUUUUUCAGAGACCUCUUUUCGCUUGAAGUUCAGCUGCUUGUAAAGAUGCUCUUUUAUGUUCUAGUGCCUGAAUGGCUGAAAGUUCACCAAAUCUUUGAAAGAUUGAGGAUCUGCGCUUUUGUAGAUUA